AUGGUAUUUGGUGGGAAACCAAGAAUGGAUCUUCUUCAAUUUGGUAAUUGGUCUAAACUAGGUGCCUUGCAUGAUCUGAUACCUAUUCAUUGUCAGAAUGAAAUUUUAGGAGAAGAGCUUGAAGAGUUGAUGAGUGAAAGUCAUUGGAACUAUGCAAAGUUACAAGAGGUGUUACCAGCUAAUAUUGUUGAUAAUGUUAGAAAGGAAGUGGGACAUUUUGUGAGAACAAAUGAGAUAGAUAAGCCAUGGUGGAUUCUCAUAAGUUCUGAUAGUCUUGUGCUGGUGGAACUUUCAAACUAUUGCAAGGUUGAAACCUUUAUAUCAAGCAAUUCCUACAUUGAUUUUAUGGCAAAUUUGGAAGAGCAGGAAUACCAUGAGGUGAAGUGGAAUUUUCCAGAUAGAAGAUGCUUUAAAUGCAACACUGAUGGUGCUUCUAAAGGAAAUCCAGGGCAAAGUUCAGCAGUCUUUUGUAUUAGAGAUAGUUCUGGAGAGUUUAUAUAUGCUAUGGCAAGCUUAUUAACUAAUACUACUAAUCUAGUUGCUAAAGCUAUGGCCAUUGAGGAGGGGAUUAAGUACUGUGUUUUACGUGAUUUACUGCUUGUAAUAGUGGAAACAGAUUCUCUUACAAUGCAAAAGGUCCUGGAUGGCAUUUGGGAGGUGCCAUGGAACAUUGCUUUGAUAGUGAGGAGUAUACAAAUAUGGAUGAAGGAUAAGGAUGUUUCAAUGGUGCAUGUGUUCAGAGAAGGAAACUGUGUGGCAGAAUAUUUUACUAACUUGUUUUUGAUUUUGCAGUGUAAUUCAAUACAAUAA